GGGGCGGAGCUCUGAGCGCCGAGGCGGAAGUGGAAGCAGCGCGCAUGCGUAUAACCGACUGAAACCAUCUGCGAAACAGAGCAAGGGCGUGCAGUAACUUAGAAAGCUCAUCUUGUUUUCUGAUCCGUUAAGUACUAAUGUGGCCUAACCAAGGACCCCCAAUGAAUUGCCCCACUGGUCCACCACCCUACAACCCCGCCUACCCCCCUGGGCAUAACCCAGCUAACCCAGUUUACCCAGCUGCACCAAAUCCAGUUUAUCCCCCUGGUAUGAAUCCAGCCAUUCAGCCUGGAGGAAUGCCCUACCCAGGCCCAGGACAGCCCACAUAUCCCAUGAACCCUGGUGCUCCUGGUUUCCCUGGGGGUAACUUCUCUGGUGGGUACCAUCCUGGCCCGCCCCAAAUUCCAGGAGGUGGUCAGUAUAUGCCAGGGUGCUUUCCUGGGGGCAUGGCAGCGGGGUUGGCUGGUGCAGGGGGUGUGAUGGCUGGAUAUAACAUGAACAAGAAGAUGAAGAAAAAGAUGAAGAAGGCCCACAAACACCAUAAGCAUGGGAAGCAUUCCUCCUCCAGCAGCAGCAGCAGUGACUCUGACUAAAAGGCUGAUUUCUCUCACUAAAACUGAAGGGUGGCUGUGUGGAUAAAAGAUUCAAUUAAACCUCUGCAAACUAAUGAAACCUUCACUUGUAUUUCAACAUAUAAAAUUAUAUAUUGAUUAUAUUUGCUCUGCAUAAUUUCAAGCAUUACUGUAAUGUUUAAAUAUGAUACCAAAAACAUUCUGGUUACUGUUUUAUUUCCUUUAUUUUCCCUUUAAUGGGGUCCUGUACAGGAACUGGAGCUGUUAUGAAUUCAUUCAACCUAAAAGUGGAACGUUAUCUGAAAACACAAUUAGAUCACUAUUAAACCACUUCUUUCUCUAUCUUCAGAAAAAGUUAAGUUCCUGCAAUGCAUGUAAUAGGAUGUGAUUUAGUAGUAAUGCAGGGACCAGAUGUAUGUUUACACUUUUUUUGAAAAUGCCUUUCAACCUAAAUGUACAGUAAGUCUGCAUCAGGAUACAAGCUUAGCCAUUUCAUGCUUGAUAUCUUUGGGUAAAACAAUGUGUAAAGCUCUUGAAUGCAAUUAAAAAAAUGAUUGAAACCUUC